AUGGCGUCCGCCAGGUUGUCGCCAACGGCGAAUCUUCUGCGGAGAUCCCGCUUGUUCUCACUCCCUCCAACGAUUCAACCGCCGCAGGAACUCCCGGCGUCGAGACUGGUGUACGAUUCCGAAUCCGCUACCUUGCCUCACCCUAUUCGAGCCUCGAUUGUUACACCCCCAUCCUCACUAGCUAGAGGUGACUGGGGUCUGAAGCGGCCUCUGCCAGCCAAAUCAACCUCGGAAAGAUCGUCGAGACCCGUCGUCCGGGUGCACACUCUGGAUACCUACGAAAACACCACCGAUUUUGAAUCCGCUGCCGAUCACACCGUGACCCUGGAGAAAUUCCAAGAAUUGCACAUGCCCAUGUCACUUCCUGCCAAAGUUAACUAUGCGACAAGCAUGGUCCCUCGACACCAGAGCCCGUUCGAAACCCACGUCGAUAACUCGGAAACCAGCAAGGGUCUUAGGGAACCCGGCGCCAAACGAUACCGGCAUGUUGGGCCAUGGCUCGCUGGUUUGACGGAGGCAGAGUUCUUGGGGUAUUUGAAUCAAGUGAAACAAAGAAAGCCCGAGCUCCUUCAAAAGCUUCGGGAGCAAUUUGAUGCGAAACGUUUCGCCGAGACCCGGAAACAGGCCCAGGAUAAUGGAGAGGACUUGGAGGCCCUCAGUCCCACGAAGGUUACCGACGAGGAAUUCCAAGCCUAUAUCAAAUCCUUGCGUCAUGAUCCAUUUGCUCUCGGCCCCAUUGUGUACGACCUGCUGGACCUGCCAUCGCCUCCCGCCGUGCCCAGCGAGCGGAUCGGGCGCAAAUACUACCAAUCCACUGCCAACAAAAUGUCGGCAUCCGAAUACGCGACCUCGGGUCCUCCAAAGACACAUCCAUCGGCCGGUCUGUCAUACACCCGAUCGCACGCUUCGAUACAUAACCACCCCAAGUACGGUCCGCAGGCUUAUCAACGCCCCGUCGAGGCCCGUAUCUUGCGCCCGAAGGGUAGAUUCAAGGGACGAGUGAACAAGGCCAUUGCGGGUAUUGGUGGUAUUGCUGUGGAGGACUUGAAUGCCCUGACGUUUGUUGAUCAAGGCACACCCCCCGGCCUGACAUUCUUCGACGCAUCCAUCCCCGGUGGAGCUAAAUACUGGGUUACCCCGAUCCGAGCCUCCGUCGAUACCGACGGCCGAAUUGGUCUGUCUUCUUAUCGUGCGAGCGCGACGGCCAAGGCUCCUUAUGGAAUCGAGGACUACAAGAAGCCGGGUACCGCGAGCAUUUCGGACGCCGCUCGUGACCAUGCCACGAUGGUCCCCAUGCUGGAUCGGAAGCCUUUGAACCAGGCUCAAUUCAAGCAGGCGUCGGGUUCCCAGUCUCGGCAGCCUGCGAGGGGAACGGAGGAUAUUGCCCGCAGCCUUAUGGAGAGCCUCAGAUCGUCUUAG